AUGGUGAAGAAUACAGACAAUGAGACAACCCCGGUUCGCCCUCCGACUUUGAAGAAACAAAACUCAAGCAUAGGAUCAAACAAGAGCCAAGCAUCAAUCCUAGGAUUCUUUUCGAAGAAACCCGCCACUACCACAGGCUCACCCAGCGGUAUUUUACAACCCAAUGGCUCUGCCAAUAGUGCAAAGUCGACACCGAAACCCAGCAGCACCGUGAAGAGACCCCAGUUCAAGAAACCCGCCCAGAAGAGCAUAACUCCAGUUCCAAGUAGUGAUAACAUUGAGCCAGAUAGCUCACAAGAGAAUGAAAACGGUGGUAUUCCAACUGAGGUAGACGGUUGCUCGUUGCCCCCGGCGGCUGCUAAAAGUGCUGCGGAGCAGAUUGUGAAUAUUAAUGGUUUGGCUUUAACAAGCAGCCCUUCAAGAAAGGCUGCUAAGAAGGUAGUCAGCUACGCCGAAUCAGAGGACGAUGAUUUAGAUGUCUCUCCGAGAACUACACAACGAAGGAAUGGAAAGAAGCCGAUGAUUCAAAGCGAUGAUGAUGAGGAUACCUUUGUUGGUGACUCAGAUGGCGCCGAUGAAGAUGAUGAUGAAAUGGACGAUUUUGUUGUCGACGACGAUUCUGAUGAUCCAAGCAAAUCUUCCAAAAAGAGAAAGCGUCCAACAUCCAAGGCAUCAUCUCGAAAGCGAUCCAACAACUUGCCGCCCCAUUCCUCUGUCGAUGAAGAUGAAGAUGUGCAAAUACCAGAAAUCUCGACAGCUCAACAAUGGAAGUACGAUCCAGAUAAUAUUCAACCCCGGCAGGCCAAGUCGUCGAGUAUUUCGAGAACCCCAAAUUCCAGCGGAAAGAAAUUCAAAGAGAAGGCAUCCAAAACCGACCCAAAUCAAAGAUAUGAGUGGCUAGCGAAUGAACGUGAUAUUGACCGCAAUCCUCCUGGUCAUCCUGAUUAUGAUCCUCGUACUCUAUUUAUUCCGCCAAUGGCGUUCAAUAACUUCACACCCUUCGAGGCGCAAUACUGGAAAGUAAAGCAAAAGUGCUGGGACACCAUACUUUUCUUCAAGAAGGGUAAGUUUUACGAAUUAUACGAAAGAGAUGCUACUAUUGGACAUCAAAUAUUCGAUUUGAAACUCACAGACCGUGUUAAUAUGUCAAUGGUCGGUGUACCAGAAAUGUCGUUACAGCAUUGGGCAAACCAAUUUCUUGCCAAAGGCUACAAAGUCGCUGUUGGUGAUCAGAAGGAGUCGGCUUUGGCAAAAGAGAUGCGCGAACGAGAAGAUAGUACAGGUCCCGCUAGCAAAGGCAAGAAAGCAGAUAAGAUCAUUCAUCGAGAGCUAUCUUAUAUUCUUACUGCUGGUACCUUGGUUGAGGGUAGUAUGUUACAAGGUGAUUCGGCAACAUAUUGUGUGGCUAUCAAAGAGUCCACCACAAAUGAUGACUUGCCAGCAUUUGGUAUAUCAUUUGUCGAUACAUCAACAGGUCAAUUCUUCCUUACCGAGUUUACCGAUGAUGUAGAUCUGACCAAAUUUGAGACCUUUGUCGCCCAAACCCGCCCUCAGGAGUUAUUACUUGAAAAAUCUUGUGUUUCGACCAAGGUGCUCCGUAUAUUGAAAAACAAUACUGGCCCAACAACCAUUUGGAAUUACUUGAAAUCAGAGAAGGAAUUUUUGAGCGCCGACAAAUCCCGCCGAGAGCUAGAUUACGGCGGUUACUUCACUUCAGCUGAUGGUGGGAAAGAAACUUGGCCCGAGGAGCUUGAAAAGGCUAGAGACAAGGAUUUGUUAAUAUCCGCCUUUGGAGCUCUUUUCCAAUACUUGAAAGUCCUUCAGCUUGAGAAACCUCUGCUUACACAAGGCAACUUCGCCUGGUACAAUCCUAUCCAAAAGGGUACAACUCUUGUACUUGAUGGUCAGACUCUUAUCAAUCUCGAGAUCUUCUCUAACACAUUCGAUGGGAACUCUGAUGGUACUCUCUACACACUCCUCGAUCGUUGCACUACACCUUUUGGAAAGCGUUUGUUUCGACAAUGGGUGUCGCACCCCCUUUCCGAUAUCAAGAGGAUCAACGAACGUCUUGAUGCUGUGGAUUUGCUUAAUAAAGAUGAUGAAUUAAGUCGUUCAUUUAAGUCUUCAACAUCUUCGAUGCCUGAUCUAGAACGUUUGAUUUCUCGUAUACAUGCUGGAUCAUGCAGACCUGAAGAUUUCGUAAAAGUAUUGGAGGGGUUUGAACAAAUAGAGUACAUUCAAAAGGACAUCUUAGGCAAAUAUAGUAGCGGCGAUGGCAUUUUCAAUCGUUUGGUUGCGUCAAUACCUGAUCUUGCUGAGCCACUGCAAUGGUGGAAGAAUGCAUUUGACCGAAAAAAGGCAAAAGAACACAAAAUUCUCGUUCCAGAAAGGGGAGUCGAAGAAGAUUUCGAUGCGAGUCAAGAUCGUAUUGAAGAGAUCAAUCAAGAGCUGGCGUCAUUGUUGAAGAAAUACCAAAAGAAGUUCGAUUCGAAGAAGGUGGAGUUGAGGAGCAUUGGCAAAGAAAUCCAUCAAUUGCAAGUACCAGUUUCUAUCAAGGUACCAAAAGAUUGGAAGGUGACGUCUGCUGCAUCUGGUUUCAAGCGUUACUACUUCCCAGAGCUUACCAAUAUAAUCCGAGACCUCCAAGAGACUCAAGAAACACAUGGUCAAAUUGUCAAGGAAGUGGCAAGCAGAUUCUACGCACGUUUCGAUGAAGAUUACAAAACAUGGCUUCAAGCUGUGAAAGUUGUGGCUCAACUUGAUUGUCUUGUCAGUCUUGCUGCUGCAUCUUCAGCUUUAGGUACUACGUCUUGUAGACCCAAAUUUGUCGAUUCCAAACGAAGUGUAGUUGAGUUUGAAGAGCUUAGACACCCUUGCGUUCUACCAAACGUUACGGACUUCAUUCCCAAUGACGUUCAGCUUGGUGGUAAAUCGCCUAAUAUCAAUCUUCUCACUGGUGCUAAUGCGGCCGGAAAAUCCACAAUACUUCGAAUGACAUGCGUCGCAGUAAUAAUGGCCCAACUAGGUUGUUAUGUACCUGCUAAAUCUGCAACUCUUACACCCGUCGACCGUAUCAUGUCCCGUCUAGGCGCUAAUGACAAUAUCUUCGCCGCCCAAUCCACUUUCUUUGUCGAACUUUCAGAAACCAAGAAAAUCCUUUCUGAAGCUACACCCCGCUCCCUUGUUAUUCUCGAUGAACUCGGACGCGGCACUAGUAGCUACGAUGGAGUGUCAGUCGCCCAAGCAGUUCUGCACCACGUCGCAUCUCAUAUCGGAUGUAUCGGGUUCUUCGCCACACAUUACCACUCUCUAGCCCUUGAAUUUGAUUCUCAUCCAGAAGUCAUCAAUAAACGUAUGGCAAUUGAAGUCGACAAUGAAUCAAGAAGCGUUCUGUUUUUGUAUAAAUUAGAAAAUGGUGUUGCCGAAGGUAGUUUCGGUAUGCACUGUGCGAGCAUGUGUGGGAUCCCGCGGAAAGUGGUUGAUAGAGCAGAAGUGGCGGCGAGAGAAUGGGAAUUCACUAGUAGGCUUGGAGAGAGUUUGGAGAGGGCUAGGGGGGAGAAGGGGACUUAUUUGCCAUUGGGUGUUUUGAGUGAUGUGGCUUGGUGUUUGAGGGAGGCUAGGGCGAAGGGGAAGGGGAAGGGCCCAGAGACUGAAGACGAAGAGAGUGGAAUCAGUGAUAGAGGUCUGGAUUGUCUUUUGAGAGCAAUCGAAGCUAUGUGA